AAUAUAAACUGGAGAGGGGUCCCCCCGUAAUCUCACUUGAAUCUCGUGAUGGGGGGACUAAUUACUCUAUCCACCAAUCGGCGCUGAUAUUAAUAGGCCGUGCACAUAUAGCACUUAGGAUUCGUGUAAUAAGGGGUGAUAAGACAUUUAUUUUUCUUUCAUUCAUAAGACGUUGUAUAUUAAGAGAGCUCGUAUACAUUUACAAACCGGCUAGCUAGUGUCAUUCAAUUUUCCCCCUAUACGACUGACACGUUACUCUGGGCCUAACAGGUAUAUACAUCAUUAUUCAAGCAAACGACAAUAUUAUUUAUACUGCACCACGUGGAGGAAAAAAUACCUACUUGUUAGCAGACGAUAUAUAGACAGAAGAACUAAAACAUUGAUUAGUGGCGUGAAAACAAAAUUAAUAGAGAGUCACUCAAUGCUCGCCGGUUAACAUCGAAUUAUACAUGUACUUCACCGCAAUAGAUAGACAGAAGAAGGAAUAAAGGAUUGAUCCUGUGUGCGGUGAUAUAUUCGUGGCCAUGGAAGACUUUCUUCCGCUCUGCUCGAGCUUGGAGAGAGAGCAAUACACUUUACAGAGACUAAACUCAUCCGGCGAGGAAACGGACCCCGGAUAUAACGGAUACCGGAGCAGUAGUCCGUCUUCGUCAGUCUGGAGCUUGGAUAGCAUGGACGACGAGGUGUAUCUGGAAUACUUAUUUUCUCAAGGACUCGCUGACAGCAUUGAAAAACCUGACCCGGUAAGUCCCGAGAUUGUUAAUAACUGUAGCGCCAAAAUUUCGUCUUUCUGUGAUUCGUACUGCAAUCAGCUGUUCAGUAUAGACCAUUCGCUGUCUCCGGUUUCUUCCUGUGGCGGCCGUUCUACUAGGGAUGAAGUUUUUGAGGAGGAGUCCUCAAACUCAGAUUCGCCUGACAGUGAAUUCGUGGUGUUAGGAGUGGGACUGCAAAGUCUAAUGCAUAAUUACUGUGCAAAACCAAGCAACGAAAACAAUGUUAGUGAAUAUAAAAUAGAUUUACCAAAAAAUACUCAGUUUGUAGCUUACUCACGAGGGCACCACGUGAGUAUCACUAGGCAACCACUGUCUCAUUCGUCUGCAAAUUCUUUACUUUCGCACAAAAGUCUUCUGAAUACAAUUGCCUCAGCUUCAGCAGUUUCCAAGGCAACGAUUCCGAGACCAGCCACUUCUACCCCGGCCAAAGAUCCAAAAGUGGAAGAGAAAAUUUACCAUUGUACUUACAAUGGUUGCAACAAAGUGUACAGCAAAAGCUCGCACCUGAAAGCACAUUUACGCCGACAUACGGGUGAAAAGCCGUUCUCUUGCACCUGGCCCGGAUGCGGAUGGAGGUUUUCACGCUCUGAUGAACUUGCCCGUCAUAAACGAUCGCAUUCUGGAAUAAAACCGUAUCAAUGUAAGAUUUGUGAAAAAAGGUUCUCUAGAUCCGACCAUCUAUCAAAACAUCUUAAGGUUCAUAGGAAAAGGUAACAUUAGGUGGCUUAGAAAUCCGACAUCCUGCCAAAAAUUUAUUUUUAGUUACAAAAAUGACGUGUGUUCGAAUUGAAAAUACUUAUGGUGCUAUCAUUUGGAGACUGAGAAAAUUUUGCCAGAAAAUGAAAUCCAGGGAGUACAUGUGUUAGUAAGUUUUCAUCACCAAAACUCACUCAUGAAUAUAACAUUUCUUGCUUUUGGGGGAAUGAAAAUUCGUCAUCUUCAUUCUUAAAGGACUUCUAAAAAAUGUAUGAAGUAAAUAUUCUUGAAAAAAAAAUUGUAAAGACUUGUAUGGCGUGACCAAGAAUGAUCGAUGGGGGAGCUAGAAGAGAUAUUUAGGAGCUGGAGUUUAGAGCUAUCCUCUUAUACAAUUAAUCAAUAUGGCUUCAUGUUGGAAUCUGUCUCCGACCAUCAUAUUAUGCAUGCUUACAGAAGGGAAAAAACGAUACAGUGAUUAAAUGAGUAAAGUAUUGGUUUGGAUCCAAAAGAUUUUAUUUUUAUGGUCUUUUUUCUACUAUGCAGCAGUUCUGUUCAAAAUUGAUUGCAUGUAUUUUGCAAUUGGAUCCAGUAAGAAAAUGAAGGUUGUGCACACUUCCAUUCCAUUUUCAUUUUAUGCACUCAUUCGCUUUCAUUAACAAGGGUAAAGGUCUAGAGUAAUUUACGUUUUAUUGUGUAUUAAAACAGCUCUAAAAAGCACACACUGUGAUAGUGUAUAGCCGUUUUGUUUUCUAGGCGCUUUAGCGUGUAGCCUCGGGGGAACAUUCCAUAUAUUUGAAAGAUUCAAGUAUGUUGAUUAUUCAGAAAACAAAGCUAUAUAUCCAUCUAUUAUCUUUACAAGUUAAUUUACACACGGUGCAGAAAACAGUCCCCUAGUCUAAUAAUUAAAUUCUCUUUUAUGCGUGAGAAAGUUUAUAUAUUUCAUGUUUGAAUGAAUUUUAAGUUCCAUUUCGUAAUUUUCCACAUAUUUAAUCCAAUGCAUCAUGUAUCGUGUUAAUGUGCGAAGUAAGUCAUUUUGAGUGUUUGCAAGUGCGAAUUCAUGCAUAUUCAUUUUAGUUUAACAUUAUGCCGGGAGCUGUUGCAAAAUUCAUUUAGUUGUUAUGUAGGAAAGUGCAGUGCAUGGGUAAACGUUCAGAGAGAGAGAGAGAAAGAGAGAGAGAGAGAUUGAGUCUGUGCUAGGUGACUGAUUCAUAUUGCAUCAUUAUAUACGGCGGGCUGGUUUCCGUCGAUUCAUAUAACCCCCUUAAUAGUAAACAUAAUCCUUUAAGAGUCAAAGUCCUCUUAAAUUGUCCACAUCAUGUCCUUCAGUUUUACAACAUAGUGGCGGAUCUAUGACGUGUCGAAAGGUGUAAUUGUUAUGGUUUUUUUAAAUGAAAUAUCAAUAUUUAAGUCUAUUCCACCACAAUUUUAUGGUGUGUUUUUUUCUACAAAUAUUUACCAGACUUAAAACUGUAGUUAAUAAUAAUAUAGUUCCCUGUACAAAUACUCAGAUAUCUUAUUUCACCUUGCUUUAAAUUUAAUGUUACCGGGUUUUCAAUUAUUUGUUUACAUACCGGUAAAACAAGUUUUCACGUUUUAUUUUUCUGAGCAUUUUUAUAAAAGGCACGGUAAUGGAAUUUCCCUAUAUUUGUAUAUAAAAACAAAA